AUGUCUGCACCUUCCUCCCUUGCUGCGCCGCCCGUCGAGACCCUUGCUGAGUCUUCCCCCGCUCCUGCUGCUGAGGCCGCCCCUGCUGCGACCAAGCCUGCCUCCAAGGCCAAGAAGGCCACCACUGCGAAGAAGCCCGCCUCGAAGAGGGCCGCCGCUGCCAAGGAGAAGGCACCCAAGGAGAAAGCCACCACCUCCAAGGCCGCGAAGGCCACCACGAAGAAGGCGGUUGCUGCUAAGCCUGCCGCGAGCGGCCGUCCCUCGUGGAAGGAUAUCAUCAAGGAGUGCAUUGUCGCGAACAAGGAGGACGCGCGUGUUGGUGUUUCGAGGAACACUAUCAAGAAGUACGCUGAGGAGACCUAUAAGCUCGACGUCACGGGCACCAACCUGUUCCAGCUGAACCGCGCCAUCGCCACCGGUGCCGAGAGUGGCCUGUUCUCGCUCCCCAAGGGCCCAUCGGGCAAAGUCAAGCUCGCACCUAAGCAGCCCAAGGCAUCUGCUUCCAAGGAGAACUCUAAGCCACCCUCGAAGGCUGCCUCUAAGCCUGCUGCCACCACCAAGAAGCCCGCCGCUGCCGCGAAGCCCAAGGCUGCUGCAGCCACCAAGAAGACCACCGCUGCUCCUAAGAAAGUGCUCAAGGCCAAGGCUGCUACCACCACGACGAAGAAAACCACGACUGCCUCGAAGAGGGGUGCCGCUAAGAAGGCGGUGACGGGCACCACGCCUGCUGCCAAGGCAAAGGCCGCUGCUACGAAGAAAGCCCCCGCAAAGAAGGCCACUACAGCUACGAAGAGCUCCAACACUGUCAAGAAGCCUGCUGUGGGCGCGAAGCCACGCUCGAAGACAACAGCGAAGCCGGCGUCAAAGCCAGCAUCGAAAGCCAAGAAGGUGGCUGCAUGA